UUCAUUAUUCUGCCGUUUUCAAAAGAGUCCCCUUCUUAAGCUUAGCAGAUGGAUAAACUCGGGUACAGCUACUGUAGUGCAGAAGGAUCAUCUACUGCCACUGCAUCGUAGGUGAAUGAUUGAGAAUCAGAGCGAUCUCCAUGCUGUGAGACCCCACCCCAUGCUGCUCCCUCCUCUCAGGGGAUGGCCAAGGUCCAGGAUGGACACACAAACACAUGUGACAGCCCUGCGAUGUUAGAAGAGAGACAGGAUGGUAUGGACAGUGGUAGCCUGACUCCUGGCCCAGCUUCAGCUCGACAGGUCUGCAUUCAGCGCCACCCCAGCCAAGGCUUCGGAUUCAUAGCAGGCAGCCAGAGACCAGUCAUCGUGCGCUCUGUCUCUGCAGACGGCCCGUCCAUCGGCAAGCUUCUCCCUGGAGACCAGAUCCUGGCCAUCAAUGAGGAGGUGGUGAGCGAGGCUUCCCGGGAGAGAGUCAUAGACCUUAUGCUGCAAAGACUCCAUAGUUCUCACUGUGCUGCAGCCUCACCAGUCACCUAAGUCAGCCUUUAUAAGUGCAGCUAAGAAGGCCCAUCUGAGAACUAACCCGCCCAAAGUGCGUUUUUCAGAGCAAGUGUCCUUCAGUGACCCAGACUCAACAAUGCUAAAGGACGACUCUUUGCUACUCAUCCCUAAUGUGCUGAAGGUGUUCCUGGAGAAUGGUCAGAUCAAGUCCUUUACGUUUGACAGCCGCACCACUGUCAGGGAUGUGAUCUCGUCCCUGCAGGACCGCCUGUCCCUGCGUUACAUCGAGCACUUUGCCUUGGUGCUGGAGUCAGGUGGGCUGGACCAGAACCAGAGACUACACCUGCUGCAGGAGAACCAGCCGCUCUCACAUGUGGUGCACAGGACGUAUUUCCAGGGGAUGAAGUGUCUCUUUCGCAUCUGUUUCUUCCCCAAGGAUCCAGCAGACCUGCUCAGGAGGGACCCUGUAGCCUUCGAGUACCUCUACAUACAGAGUCGCAAUGACGUCAUCAAAGAGCGCUUCGGCAUGGACUGGAAGUCUGACGUCACACUGCGCCUGGCGGCGCUUCACAUCUACAUCACAGUGUCAUCGGCCAGACCCAAUCAGAAGAUCUCGCUCAAGAAUGUGGAGAAGGAGUGGGGUCUGGAACCUUUCCUCCCCCUCACUCUACUUCCCACCAUCAAGGAGAAGAAUGUGUGUAAGACCCUGUCACAGCUGCUCAAGACCUAUCAGCAUCUGCCUCCCUCUGGCAACAAGGUCCCUCCUCUCCAGGGAAAGCUGCAGUACAUGCGUGUGCUCAACGAUCUUCCGCCCUUUGGAGGCUUGCUGUUCCACACCGUCGGACUAGAUGAGAAGCAGUCGGCCACUACGCUGCUGGUGGGUCCACGGCACGGCAUCAGUCAUGUGAUCGACCUAAAAAACAACCUGACCACGGUUCUGACAGAGUUCAGUCGUGUUGCUAAGAUACAGCUGCACCGGGAGAACCAGGGCGUUGCCCGUGUAGAGGUGGCCAUACAGGAGGCCAAGCCUCUGGUCCUGUUGAUGGAGUGGCCUGAUGCCAGUAACUUCGCCUGUCUCAUCUCCGGCUACUACAAGCUGUUCGUGGAUCCCAAACGAGCCAUCUACUACCGGACACCUGGUCAGUCUUAUAUGAUCAAGGCAGAUUACAGAGGUUCCCACCACACCCACCCGCGCUCCAGCACUACAGCUGUCUCCAGUGGGGACCGACGAGGGGACGAGAGGGAAAGACCCAAUACUAGGGACCCAGGGUCCCAGUCUCAGAAGACAGCGACCGCCCCACUGCCCGCAGAGUCCCAACACCUGGGUCUAUGCCACGUCCAUCUCCGGGAGCAACAACAGCUGCAGGAGCUCCAAAUGCAGGCAGAUCCCGAGCUCGACGUCAACGAGAACUUCAUUUCCCAAGAGGCACCAGGGCGGCCCCGUACCAAGUCUGACCCGACGCUGCAGAAAACAGAGACGAUCGCCGGGAGGCCGGAAAGCCCCGUCCAGGAGAGCUCAGUGACGUUCAGGAGCAGAGCCCAAACCAUGGGGCAGUCCCAGCGAACUACACGGUUCUUCUGUGACUCCUGCAAGGCCAGGUUGAGGGCAGAGGGAGUGGCUGUGGCCUUGAACGGUGGACGCAGCAGCGCCUCAUCAAAGCACUGCUCCAGCGCCUGUGCCUCCCGCGAUGGAGGUGCAGUAGACCUGAUGGCCCUGCCUCCCCCGGGGAAUGAAGAGGAGGAGGAAGAAGAGGUGGAGGACGUAGGAAGAAAGCUGCAGCUGCCCCAUCCGGCCAUUGCUGCUCCUCCACCUGGGUUCAGGGACAACAGCUCGGACGAAGAUGACGCCAAGAGAGGACGGAAGUCUCGACCAAACCCCGUCACCCAUCCCAGCCCUGCAACCGGGGCUGCAGUCUGCAAGAGCUCUGCCAAGGCUUCUUCCAAGGAAGUGGUACCGGUUCCAGAGGAUGUCCCGGUGACAUUGAUAGACAACGUGGCCACCAGGACAGUACGGGACCAUGCCCAGGAGCUGGAUGAUGCUCUGGUGUCCACUCUGCAGGCCCUGGAGGCCCUAGCUGCAUCAGAGGACUUCCCCCAUCACCCACAACAGCCAGCUCAGACCACAGGGUUGAUUGUGUUGGCGGCCAUUACGCCUGAGUCAUCGCUAGACUCAGGGCACGAGACCAACUCCUCUGAGCUGACAGACGUCUCAGAGAUGGUGUCGGCCAUGAAGCAGCACCAGAACCAGGCCUACCUGUUGGCCCACCAUAUCAACAAGGAGCGUAUCUUCAGUCGCAGAGACUUCCCCUUGGCCAUACCAGGCUGCACCACCCAGACUAUUGGAGGCGGUGCGUUCUCCAUGGGUCAGAUCCGCGGCGGCUGCCCCUCAAAACCAGUGAUCCUCAGUAAGACUGUUCCCCUAAAGCUUAGCUCUGGUCAGGAGACUACCAGUCCAGGUCUCAGCACAGUGGAGCAGGGGAGUGACGUUACCCAAGAACCAACGCAGAGUGAGCCGAGUGAAGGCAAGAAGGCAAAACCAGAGCCCACCAAAGCGUGCACCCCAGACCGCACUGCGAGGUCACCUGAGGAGCUGAAAGUCUCCAAUCCAGGGCAGGCACCUAAGGUCAGCAAGGAUCAAAGGUCACCCGGUACUGCUGUGGGCAAACUAAGCCCGAAUUUCUCUGUGGGCGUCAAGGGGAAGAAGUCUGCGCCUCUGAGCCCGGCCACAACCAACAAAGCCUUACCCAUUCUCUUGCCUGUGGACAUAACUGCCUCCGCCAAGAUUUGCCCCACAAACAUGUGCCAAGAUGCCGAGACUGCCUCUAGCAAGACCAUCAAGCCUUCAAGCUCUAAAGACCUCUUGCCAAUUGAUGACCUGUUCUGCACAUGCCCAGUUAGAGAACCCGGGCCACAGCUAAGACUGAAGGAUCCACAUACCCAGAAGGUGGUGGUGUUCCACUCCUCUUCCCCUACAGAUGAUGAGCGUCUUUGUGCCAAAGGCCUCCAACUGGCCAGUAGCAAAGAGAGCACAGUGAGAGCAGCAGGAGGAGCAGGAGCAGACCCCAUCUUGGCCAAGCCCAGACCCCAGGCCCCAACCAAGUACUCCCAGUCCCCACACAUGCCUGUGAAAGCUGAGAGGAAGGAAGCAGCAGAGGCCAAGGCAGAGAGAUCCCAGGGUAAAGCUCAAGCUGAGCCACAUAAAUGCCCCCCAAAGACAUUCUCUCUCCUGGGAGACCCCACACACCCUACCUGCUCUGUGGACAAGGUCUCUACUCUCUCCUCUGCUGACAACAAGAACCAGGGUGGCGGUAAAGGGAAGGCCCAGCGUAGCACUCCCUUCCUAAGUAUCAAGAAUCUUCUGUCGGCCACGUUCCCAGCUCGGAUUCGCAGGGAGACUGAUGAGCGCCGAGCCCAGCUCCAAAAGGUCCGGCAGUACGAGUUAGAGUUUCUGGAAGAACUUCUGAAGCCCAAGUCGUCUGGGGGCGAGUACCUACCCCAGGGGUCCUCGCCAGUCCCCUCAGGCACCCCAUGUGCUUGCCAGCUCCUUACAAGUCCUGUGCUAAAAGCCCCUGGAAUCUCCAGAGAGCAACGCCGCAGCUGCGACUGCAAGAGGAUGUGCAGAGGCAUCCGACUGCCCGAUACGCCGGUCGGCUCAAUUGCAGAGACACAGCAGCAUAGAGGUAGAGAGAGACCCCUCUCCAAGACCCCUCCAGCGACCUCCAAAACCCCUCACCCCCAGGGAGCUCAGAGGAGACCUCAGACCUUAGAGAUCAAGACCACCCGAAUCCGCUCGACCAGUCUGGAGUCGCGGGAACCCAGGGGGGAGCAGGCUUCCUGCUUGCCCACCUGCACCUCUCGCACACCAGACUGCAUGGGCGCUCCGCAGUACAAGAAGCUCCAGAGGCGGUAUAGCAUCGGAGAGGUGGACAAUGCUGAAGGCACCCAGCUGUACACCGAGAUAAAACCCAAAGCCAAGAACCUGGAGAAGGAGAUGGAGCGAGUGAGGGCCGCAGGGCUGAGGCUUCCAACAACCGUGGAGCCCGUUCACAAUCAAACUCACACGACUGCUGCAGAGGCAAAGGGGAAGAAAGGAGUGUUCUUCAUCCAGGGAGAAGAGCUGCUGAGGGAGAGCAGAGAGGGGGCGCCGACGGAGAUGCUGCUGGGGCUGCCUAGCGAGGACAGUGACGACAGGGAAAAGUGCUGCUCUUUUUGUUUCUGCUACAGGAAGUGUGAAGCGGCGGACGAGAGCAGUGAGAAAGAAGAGCUGUCCUACUCCACCACCCUCCAGGUCCUGCCCGGGAUGCAGCUGGGAUCUCAAACCUUGCCCAUUGUCAGCAAAACGCUCCAGGUUCUCCACGCUGAGGGCUGCAGCGGGGAGGAGGAGGAAGUAGAGGAAGAAGAAGAGGAGCCGCAGACACAGGAGAUCGACCUACGGGCCUGCGGGACUCUGGAGGGGAGCCUGGCGAGGGUCGAAUCCCUGCAAGGAAAGACGUUCAGCCUGCCGGACGGUUUCCUCAAUGCCCAGCUGGAUGCUAAUGAGCUGCUAGCCAUCCUGCGACAGUGCGCUAACAUUCCCCAGGUGGAUAACGAAUCACGCCUACAGCCAUCCCGGAUCGCCGAGUACAAGCAGGAGCUGGCAGUGCGCUUCAAAGAGUUCAGGGCGGCGUGCAGGCGGGUGGCGAGCGUCGAGAAGAGCCCCUCUCGCAUGCUGAGCGUUGUUACGGCCAGCUUCCUGGUCCUCUGCGAACUGACUCAGACCUUCAUCAAGCUGGUUCGAGGGGUGCGUUCAGAGGCCCAAAGGCUGCAGCUGCUGCGGAAGGUUGAAGAGGUUGCUAUCAAUUACACUCUGCUGUUGCGUGCAGCCGAGGAGGCGAUGGGCCACUCCAGUAGUCUGCCUAACAAGAGCGUGAGUCCCCAAGUUACUACAACCUCCACUAACAUGGGCUCCCUCUCUCGCCCAAUCAAAACCCUGCCUACCCAGUAGAGACAAAGAAUGGGGAAGUUAGUAAAUAAUCAUAUAUGACAGUUGGGAGUGUGGGUGGCUGGGUCCACACUCUCAAUGUCCAGUAGUUAUUUAUUGUUUACAGGACAUGCAAUGAUCCAUCCUCAGCAAAAAUCGCAAUGCAACUGCUCCAUUGUGUGUUUCCAGGGGCUGUGGCAGUUGCAGCCUAGAGUGGCCCUGUGGUGUUCUAGCAUAAGAGACAAACGCCUGGUCACCGCUAUACAAAAGGUGCAAGGACCUACACCUCUGAAAUGCUGUGUGAAAACAGGGCUAACCACUCCUCCAUGUCAACUCUCACAUUACAGAGGUCCGUCUCAUUAUUUUCUAUGUAUAUUUGAGUUGUAUCUUUUUAGCAAAGUAUACCUUUUUGUGGAGAAUAAAAAUAAUGAAAAUAAUAUAUUAAAUGAUAUUGAGUAUAACAAAUAUAAAGAGUAAUACAUCUACAAUAAAUGUGCUCUGGGCAAAAAUACAGCAGAGAAAAUGUCAAAGUAGCGAAUUCUGUGAAUUAGGUAGUUGACGUGUUUGUUUGUUCAAUUUUCUAACUGUUGUAACACAAUAAGUUCUGUUGGUCAUCUGGACAAUGCCAUGACCUGCACCUCAACAAUAUCACAUGACCUGCACCUCAACAAUAUCACAUGACCUGCACCUCAACAAUAUCACAUGACCUGCACCUCAACAAUAUCACAUGACCUGCACCUCAACAAUAUCACAUGACCUGCACCUCAACAAUAUCACAUGACCUGCACCUCAACAAUAUCACAUGACCUGCACCUCAACAAUAUCACAUGACCUGCACCUCAACAAUAUCACAUGACCUGCACCUCAACAAUAUCACAUGACCUGCACCUCAACAAUAUCACAUGACCUGCACCUCAACAAUAUCACAUGACCUGCACCUCAACAAUAUCACAUGACCUGCACCUCAACAAUAUCACAUGACCUGCACCUCAACAAUAUCACAUACAUCACAUUCAGAAUGUUGUACCUCCUGUGAGAUUGGAAAAUCCACACAUUUGAAUUGGGUUGAUAUAAAAUAAACAUGAGGCCCAUUUACUCACCUGUAGAAUAAAACCACUGGUAUGUAACACCUAGUGUGGGCAGAUAUAACAGAAACGCUAACUCACUAGUGGCUAACCAAUCAGCUGGGUAGGAUCAAUGUUCUUCAUGAAGGAAAUGAAGGCAACCUCGCUCUGCAGUAUUUAGUGUAGUCAACCUCACGUUGCUGUCUUGGUUAGAGACACACACACAAUACUCACACACGACAAUCACAAUCCACACUAAACCGGGCACAUCAACACUUGUAAAUGAGAGAUCCACUUUAGCAAACUUAGCCUUCGAAUUCUGCACAACCUUCAGCAUUUGCUCCAGCUCACACAUGAUCUACGUUCAUGUUAUGUUUACAUUCAGUCAACUGAACACUGCUCUAGAAAACAAACUCCUCAUACACCUUCCAUUUUAUAAACCAUUUCAUCUUAGAAAAGAUUCAAGUUGCUAUAUUCUUCCCUACAAUCAUUUUACAGGAUUCCAUGUCACAAACCAUUCAAUGGAGUUAUACUUUUUGCUCUCUAUAUGUGCUGUUAUCACUUGUGCAAUACAGGAGAUAUAUAUAAAUCACUAACACACAAAGUAGUUUUCUAUGUAUUUUAAUAAAACUGACACCUGUGUUUUCUGUCUGAAAACGUCUUUCUGUCUCCUCCUGUUGUCAACCCACAGAGAUCGAAACAGCCUACAGCUAACCUCAACAGAAACUAUUCAGACUCUGUCCAUAACUGUUAUACUCUGACAGGAUACUAUUCAUACCAGGCCACGUGAAUUAUUUCACUGCACUACUGUCUUGCAUGUUUCCCCAAUUCUACCUUUGUUCUUAAGAGUUACAAGAAGCAGAAACGGCCCUGUUACCAGUGGUGUUGGCAGAUUCCGUGUUACUACUAGUUUUCUGAAGUGAGAAAGAAAGAAUAUACACCCACAAAAAAUAUGAGGAGGCUACUUAUACCAAUAAUGUUUGGCAAUGGAGAUUCUUUAUGCGGAGUUGUGUUGUUCUACACUCAAGAUGUAAAUAUUGUAAAACAGUUGGGAUAUUUGUGAGCCUGGAAAACACUUUUACAUUACUAACUGACUUGUGAAGAUUGGUUCCGAAUUCUUCAGCGUUUUGUAAAAAAAGAGAAAACAUGUCUGUACCGUAUAAUUUAUAGUAAUUAUGUUCCAUAGACAACUAAUAGUAAAAACUUAUAUUUUAAGAGUAUAUAAUGAGUAUAAAGCAUGGGACAUGUUUAUUUUUAUAAAAACAAAACAUUCUCUCAUCAUGACCACCUGGAAAUGUUUUCAAACAUUUAGUUUUUGAUGUAAUGAUAAUAUACAAAUAUAGUGUGUGGUUGUCAUUGUUGAGUUGCGUUGCGUUGUUGCCAUAUUGUGAAUGUGUCUCUAUGUUUCAUAACAUAAUGGACCUAUGUUCCAUAACAUAAUGGACCUUUGUUCCAUAACAUAAUGGACCUUUGUUUCAUGGCCUAUUCCAUUGUGUUUGUUUGCACUUAUUUAUUUACUUAGUAUUUAUUGGUCAAUAAUAUUGUCUUCACUGUGUUCUUCUGUCUGUACAGCCUGUCUCAUGUUUUAAGAGCAAUAAAGUGUUUUG